AUGAGGCUGUGGAAGUUGCUGAUCAAGCGGAGGGCGUGGGUGCCCAGGAGGAUCUUGGUGGCCACGUGCCACGUCCUUCUGUUCUAUGCCGCGACGUCCGGGGGCUGCGCGCACGCGUGCCCCGCAGGCUGCUCGUGCGGCGUGGCGGCCGACGUGGGCUACAGCGUCUUCUGCGAGCGAGCGGGGCUCACGGCCAUGCCGCCCGCCUUCCCCUGCCUGGCGCGCUCCCUGCACCUCACGAGAAACCGUCUGCGGUUGCUGCCCGAGCGCGCGUUCGGCAGCCUGGCCCUGCUCCAGCAGCUCUUCCUCAACCACAACAAUGUCACCUUCCUCACGCCCGGCGCCUUCCGCGGCCUGCCGAGCGUGAGCAUGCUGAGCCUGGCACACAACCGGCACUUCACGGCGCUGCACACGCGCAGCUUCGAGGGCCUGCCGUCCCUUCGCCUGCUCGACCUGUCGGCCUGCAACCUCUUCUCGCUGCCCGACCGCAUCCUCCUGGAGCUGCACGCGCUGCGGGAGCUGCGCGCCUGGGGCAACCGCAUGCGCCGCGUGCCGGGUGCGGUGCAGGGCCUCUCGCGCCUCUCGCACCUCUACCUGGGGCAGAACAACAUCGAGGCCGUGGCCUACAACUCGCUGCACGGCCUCGUGGGCCUCGUGCUGCUCGACCUGCAGGGCAACAACAUCUGGGUGGUGCACAACAGCUCGUUCCACGACUGCUCGCACCUGGAGGACCUGUACCUCAACGACAACGAGCUCUCCUCGCUGCCUCCCCUCGCCUUCAUCGGCCUGCUCCGCCUGCGGCUGCUCAACCUCGGCGGGAACCGGCUGCGCGCCGUGACCGGCAGCUGGUUCUGGUCGCUGUCGGCGCUGCGCGAGCUCUACCUGGACCGCAACGAGCUGUCCACGCUGGACGCCGGCGCCUUCCGCCAGCUGGGAGUGCUGAGCUCGCUGCACCUCAACCACAACAACCUCACGUGGCUGUCCGAGGAGGCCCUCGCAGGCCUGACGUCGCUGCAGCGCAUCUACCUCUUCCGCAACCCCUGGCACUGCACCUGCGCGCUGCGCUGGCUGCGUGGCUGGUCGCCGGCGCUUGGCGUCAGGGUCCGCGACGUCACCUGCGCCUCUCCCGAGUCGGCCGCCGGCCUGGAGCUGAGCGCGGUGCCGUUCCGCUACACGGACGCCCGCGAGUGCCGCCCCGGGUCGCAGCGGGCGGCGGCGGCGGCGGCGGCGGCGGCGGCGCCCGCGCGGCCGAGCGAGGGCCGGCUGAGCGCAAUGCUGUCGCGCAUGCUGCUCGAGACGUUCAAGAACGCGAGCGCCGCGGCCGGCGCGGCCAACGCCUCCGACGGGACCGACGGCGGUGGAGUUUGGGGAAACUGGACCGACGGCGCCAACGCCGCCGCCGCCGCCGCCGCCUCCCGCGCGAGUCUGCUGGCGCUGGCGGUCGUCGUCACCGCCGCCGCCGCGGCUGCGGCGUCUCCGCCGUGA